GAACGGAGGAAAAAGGCUCUUUGUCGAUUGUUGUUGGAAAUCAGGUUUCCUGGAGGCCUAUCCCACCCUCCGUUGUGUUCAGGAUUGUAAGCCAUGUCUUCUCCGGCGGAAAAUUGACGUUUUCCGGCCGCAGAUACCAGUGAGUCAUGGGUUCGGGUCAGAAAUCCAUGAGUUCCUCGUAUGAGGACGAGGAUUGCUGCUCCAAAUGCAUUACCAGGAUCCCCUAUGCCACCUUGAUUGCCCUUAUCUUGAAUUGGGUGGGGGUGGGCGUGUUCUGCACAACCCUUUACCGAGGGGUCAACCUGACGUUGAGGCUCACGCAAGAUGUCUUUCAGUUGGACAAAGGACUUGGAUGGAUUGAACCAACUCAACUGACCUUCAUCAUCCUGGCCGCUUCCAUGGCUGCCCUGGCCCUGAUGAUUCUAGUGGUGGCCAUUUUGGCCACUGGAGCCACACGACAUCACGUUUAUCGCUCUGAUGUUGGCCGAGCUGGUGGACGGAUUGCUACUAUGAUGUUCAUUUUCAUAACGUACCUGCUCUUGUUUGCGUGGAUCAUCGUGUUUGCCUGUUGUAUAGUCAUGACUAUUUUCUAUACACUCAGUUGGGGAGUGUGUAACACCGAUGAGAUCGGAUGGGACGAUGGGAUCAUUGACUUUUAUCCCUACCAUUUUCUAUUCCCUCAGGGUACUCAAAGAGAGCACAUGGAAGUGAAAGGCCCCAAAGAGAUCAAGGCCUUUUGUAAAGACUAUGUGGAGCGUGCCGAGGUCAUGUUCAUCAUGGCAACCCUGUCUUGUGUCCUGGUGAUCCUCAGUCUGGUGCAUUUCCUCAUGGCAUUAUCCGCCAAUUAUGCACACAUUCGGGGUCAUGAUAAAUUCACAGAGUUGCAAGAAAUGCACGAUCUUCAAAGCGAGACCAUGACCUUAACGGAACGGGUCUUAUACAAAUAGAUUGAAAGAUAAGGAGAAGA